AUGGAACCCGAUAUGGUUGUCGAUAUGGUCAAGGAGUCACGGUCAAAGGAUGCUAAAAUAACUGCAAUUAUUGGAGAUGAAGACACUACAACCAUUGCCAGACUACGUGCAAAAGUAGAUCCAACAAUUGUAAAACUAUCAGAUAGCAACCAUAUGAAAAAAAACAUUAGAAAUCGUCUGUAUGAGCUCAAAAACAAACAUUCAACUCUAUCACCUAAAGUCAUCAGUUAUAUAAUGAAAUGCUUCAAUUAUCUAAUUGCUCAUGGUAAAGGACAGCCAAAAAAGAUUGAAGAAAACUUAAAUGCUUUAUCCAAACACCCCUUUGGAGAUCAUAGUUUCUGUUCCACAGAUUGGUGUAGAUUUAUUGCAGAUCCAAGCAUCAAGUACAAAUCUUCACCUUUUGGUAAACCUUUACAGGAUAAGGCAUUACAAGAAUCAUUGACAACAUUAUUUCAAAAAUAUAUAUUAAAUUCAGAAAAGUUAGCCAAUUUAGGAAGUACUCAGAGUAAUGAGAGUUUUAAUAAAAGUGUUGCAGCCAAAGCACCGAAGAACAGGUUCUAUGGUGGGUCUAGAAGUCUUGCAUACCGUGUCGCUGCAGCUGUUGCUCAGAAAAAUACAGGGCACAGAUACACAGUAGAUGUUAAUGUGUCAAGUGGAUUGUCACCAGGACUUUUCACAAGAAAACUUGCAACCCUAAGAGACAAACAGACCAGAAAGCAAAACGCCGUAGCCAUUACAUCUGAGGCAAAACUUCGUAGAAUUUCAUUGAAAGCCAGUCGCAAUCAGUCUAGUUCCACUUUUCAGGUACGAGAGGGGGUAUGUUACCAGUCCAAUACCAUGAUUGACACUGUGACUGAAGAUAGUGAUGAGAACAUUUUGGAGAUUCCUGCCCCUAAAAACAAACCAGUAGAGAAUGACAAUAUAACACAGAUAUCAGCAAGGAGAGGUCUGGAAACAUUUUCUAAGUACAUUCUACCAGCCCGCGAAAUAACACCUAAAGCAGCUGAGGUUACAGGAUUGACAUUCCAAAAUGGUUCUUUAUAUUUACUUGACAAAAUAGUCCCAGCUGUUGGCGUAAAGGAAGGACUGACUGUUUUUAUUUCAUUUUUAGAAAAAUCAACCAAUAAUGUUAUUUUUGGUCAUAACAUAUAUAAUUAUGAUUGUCCUGUUUUGUACAAUGCCUUAGAUAAUUGUUCUUUGCUUGGUGAUUUUCAAAGCAAAAUUGUUGGCUUUGUUGAUACUUUAAAAUUGUUUAAACUUUCUUUUCCCAAUCUUGGCUCAUAUUCAUAA